GCUGCGGGCGGCUUUGUUGCGAAUCGAUCCAAAGUAUUCAGAACAUCAGAAUAUCAGAAUCUUUGGGCUGUGAACGGUGUCCGGCAGUUUUGACGUAAUCUAACAUAGACCUACACUUGUGAACAGAAGAAAUAUUCUUAUCCCAACAUACAACAUAGGACUAAACAUUCACACUGGACUACUCAAGAAAACCGAUUUUUCCCAUUAUCUCCUUAACAGAACCAUUAUGAUGACAGUGAAAGACUGCUUUAAGAAGAAAGAGGCGAACCUUCCCGGCGCUGAGAAUGGCCACGGCGACUACAAUAGUGUGCCGGCGAUAACUGACAUCGACAUGCUGCCUCCGAAAGUCCUAGACAGCCCGACUGCAUCGUCCUGUUCCUCUGGCGACAUGCACCAACGGGAGACUUGGUCCCGCAAGAUCGACUUCUUGUUCGCCUGCAUCGGAUUCAGUGUUGGUCUCGGCAAUAUCUGGAGGUUUCCGUAUCUUUGUUACAAGAAUGGCGGAGGAGCCUUCCUCCUCCCGUACAUGAUCUGCGUGGCGAUAGGUGGCGUGCCGCUCUUCUUCCUCGAAGUAGCGGUGGGGCAGUUCAUGUCGACUGGUGGCACCGGUGCCUGGCAGAUAUGUCCUCUCUUUAAGGGCAUAGGUAUAGCGUGUGCAAUCAUCGUCUUCUUCUUGAAUUGUUACUACAACGUGAUCUUGUGCUGGGGUUUUUACUACCUGUUUUCCUCCUUUACGGCCGUUCUGCCAUGGUCCCAUUGCAAUAAUAGUUGGAAUACGGACGCUUGUACCCUGCAACAUGUCUUUAACGGAACCACAAACGAUACCACCGGCUACAAUAGCUCCCUGACCGUGGAGGCGAACGGCACGAGCGUGAUUCCUCAGGCUGGCAACAUCUCCAUCUUCUCCAACUCCAGCACGAGAGGAGUCGACCCCGUAAUCGAAUUCUGGGAGUAUAAGGUACUUGCUAUUUCCAAUGGCAUUGACGAGGUGGGGACGAUCAAAUGGGACCUGGCCCUCUGUCUUCUUCUCGCCUGGAUCCUCGUCUACUUCUGCAUAUGGAAGGGGAUCAAGAGCUCCGGAAAGGUGAUGUACUUCACGGCACCCUCUCCCUACAUCCUCAUGACUGUGUUGCUGAUCCGCGGGGCCUGCCUACCAGGAGCCAUCGACGGCAUCAUCUUCUACCUCAAGCCGAACUUCUCCAAGCUUACCGAUAUGCAGGUGUGGGUUGAUGCUGGGACUCAGAUCUUCUUCUCCUACUCCAUCAGUCUUGGCACACUCACAGCUCUCGGAAGUUAUAACAAAUUUAGUCACAACUCUUACAAGGAUAGUGUACUCUUUGCAAUGGUGAACAGCGGAACCAGUAUAUUUGGCGGAUUUGUGAUCUUCUCAGUUCUGGGCUAUAUGUCCUACCUCCACGAUAUACCAAUUGACGAAGUAGCCGCAUCAGGUCCCGGUCUUGCUUUCAUAGCCUACCCGAAAGCUGUCGCUGCGAUGCCCGUCGCUCCUCUGUGGAGUGUGCUCUUCUUCAUCAUGAUCAUCUUACUUGGUCUCGACAGUCAGUUCGUUGGUGUCGAAGGUUUCGUCACCGCAGUGGUCGACGCAUUCCCCAGGCACCUUCGUCGUGGUUACAGGCGAGAAAUCUUCAUCGGUUGCGUGUGCAUUUUCUCAUUCUUUAUCGGACUCUCCAUGGUCACAAACGGCGGAAUGUACGUGUUCCAACUGUUUGACUACUACACUGGCAGUCGCAUAAUCCUCAUCGUAGCUCUCUGUGAAUGCAUUGCCAUCGGCUGGCUUUACGGUGCGGACCGUUUCUAUGACAACAUUGAGAUGAUGUACGGAUUCCGCAUCAACCCCUACAUGAAGUACAGCUGGAAGUUCACUGCCCCUGCUUUCUGCUUGGUUAUGUUCGUGAUGAGUGCCAUCAGCUAUUCCGAGUUGACAUAUAACCGCAAAUCCAGUGGCACUUACGUAUAUCCUAAAUGGGCAGUUACCAUAGGAUGGAUGCUGGCCUGCACUUCAUUCAUUGGCAUCCCUUUCUACAUGAUUCAAGAGAUCGUCCAGAUCAAGCGGAAGGGAAAGCCACUGAGGUCAUGUAUCAAACCCCGUGGAUUCAAGGCUCAUCAACUCCGACCUGAGGACUACGCUACUCAGAGAAUCUCUAUGACAACACCAACCGGAAACGGAAUUGUUACCAUCUCUGUUAUAGAUCCCGAGAGAAUGGCCCUAAAUGAGUGUAAUCGCGUCACAAGCAUCCCGGUGUGUAAUGGUUUCACAAAAACGCAAGAAGGCAACGGUGUCUCAAAACCUGAUGAGCAUAAUGGGGUCUCGGAAAGGAAGCAAAGUUAUUGUGCGAGCAAUGGCGUUGUUGUCAAUGGCGCCGUUGCUGAUGGCACCGCUGCUGAUGGUGCCGUCGCCAAUGGUGUGAGUAAUGGUGUCACAACCAAAGAUGAUCUCGUAUAGGACUUUAGAUGACAUAAUCAUAACAAAUUGUUAAGUGUGAGAGAAUUUGCAGUGAAGUGCAGAGGAAAUGUAGCACGAUUCUCGGUUAACGGCUGAAAACUGAGGUGUUAACCAGUAUGCAGCUCUUGACCCUGAAUCUAAUUAUAAAGUUUCUUACCAAAAUGAAUCUUCAGAUGUUGCACUUCUGCAAAUAGCGAACACCAAAAACACUACUAACCAGGAUGAUAUCCUGGUAUGUCACAGUAUACGUGUACAGAGUUGGGUUGUGAGAGAGACUAGAGUUUGACAGGGCUGCCGACAUGAUCAGUUCGGGUGCACAGAAGAUUGUGGAGCCCUGCCCACAACUCGAGUGCGUAGUCUUCUACAUUCCCAAAAAUCAAACUGACAUGGAGAAGCAACCCAAAUCCUGAAUAGGUGCAUAAAGAUAACCUGAAAAUAUUCCUCUCUCAGGUGAUUGAAAAGCAGUCAAAAUGACAAACACAAUAAGCAGGUCGGGAAAAUGGAAAGUGGCCGCCAUUAGCUAUCAACAUGAUGGUCAAAAUGGCCGCCAUCCCAUGUCGUAAAAACAACUAAGGACUACAGUGGAAUAUUAAUUUCAACUGAGUUGAGUUUUAGGCGUUCGGACAUUGACUGAAAUGCGCAUGUCCUUGUUGUGAUGAUAAAUGGAGACUAUAGACAUGAGCCGAAUAAAGUAAAACCACAAAAUUGCCAAUAGUGGUCUCUACCAUUUGGCAGUACUUGUCACUGAAUAUUUUUAUCACUAAAUCAAACCAGAACCAUUUGCUUCCUUCGAAAUGGCGUAUUUAGCACGUGACGGAGGCCACCAAUUUCACACCCAGCCCCUGUCUACAGUAACCGUUUAUUGGCUGGGAUCAAAUUUGCAUUCGAGAUAAAUCUCCCAGAAAUCAUUCCAUUUUUAGGAAAAGAUCUUUUUGAAAUGAGUAUUUAUGUUUGUGAUUUUUAUUUAUUACCAUCAAAAAUUUUCCUAACAAAUUCUCAUGAAUUGGUUUAAUUGCAGAUAGCAUGAUAUUUUGUCUUUAAUUUGUAAAAUUAUUUUACAUAUUUAGUGUGUCUGUUUUGUGCAUGUAAAUUAGUUAUGUAAUUUUGUCCUGUUGCUGACUAAAGCCGAAUUCAUACUCCGACUCCAUACCCUUGACACCGGCGUUUUGUAUUGUAAUGUGGCAGUGGCGCAGAAAUUAACAAUACAAAACGCGGACGACGAUGCCCCCGCGUCGGAGUAUGACUGUGGAAGUGUAUGGUUGUGAUGAUAUACAGUAUCUGUAUUCAGAGUCCUCAAGUCGAGUGAGACUGCAGUAUCGGAUUUUUUUCUACAGAAAACACUAUAUUUACUUCAGUCUUAGAGCCGGUAGGAUUACUUUUUGAAAGAUAACAAACUCUGAUCAAGAAUGUUCCUCAAUUUCACAACUUUCUGGUUACCAGUCUUAGAAUUUAGGGCAAUCAACAGAGGAGAGAAUUUAAGGCAAUAAUCGGUGGGGUAACUUCGGGACAGUAUACAUUCCCAAGGUGUAAGUCGGGUUUAUACUGAUUGUAGUGUAUGAUAAUACAUGAUCUCUUGUGACAUAUGACAUAUUGUAUUUAGUCACCAAACGGUGCGCGUGUGGGCAAAUGCAAGGUUUCUAAUGAAAUCGAUUAUAAAAAAAAUUUGACGCUUUACAAUAUAACAAUAGAAAGUCACGCUUGCCAGAAAUUAUACACACAGUUUAAAUAUGUUAGAUCCAGAUUAUUCAAUAUAAUUUUUAUCCUCGGAUAACUUCUGCGUCUGAGUCUUUUAGAAACAUUGCAUUUGCGCUAACAUGCUGCAGUUGUGAUUUGGGUAGUCUGCAUUUUAGCCUCUCUGUUCUAGUCGAGAAUUUCGUUUUAAUUAAUCUACCGAUCUUAGAUCGAUGAAACCAGGAUAUACAUGUAUGUGAGGUUUACUGUUAUUAUUUGUAAUUAACUAAUCGGUACGGCAAUUAUCAAUGCAAAUGUCUCAUCAUACUUUUUCCUUCAGAUGAGGCAUCCCUUCGCCAAACAACUGUUGGAGUUGGCUAGGCCUGCCUGACACUAUUUGACUGUGAAUCUUGUAUUGUUUUUUGUAGUUUCACCAGAGUGCAUGAAGUCCGCAUGAAAAUUCCAUAUUGACGCAGCGAAAGUCUCAAGGCAUCACACAUCGCUUGUAACUUAUCAAAAAAGUCGCAAAGACGUUAAUGUGUACUUCUUGCACUCUACAUUUUAGUUCUAAUUAUUUUAGAAAGUUGCACCGCAUCCUAUGCAGAAAGGAAGAGCCAGUGAUUAAUGAGAUAUACUUUAAAAAAUGAGAAGAUUUUAUCUUGAGUAUGGCCUUUUCUUACAUUUGUCGCCAUUUUCAUCGAUUUAAACACGACGGCAAUUUGGGUUCCUAAUGACAACCUCAAAUCAUUAGUAUAUAGGUAAGAUAAAAUAGCUUCGCACGAUUUUUUUUCGGGAAUUGUCCUAUCUUGUAAAAAGGCAAUAUUUUUGGAAUGAUCUACGAGUUUGAAGAUCAGGUGAGUCUAAUAAACCGAAUCUGAUUGGCCCUUUCAGCAGGAGUGGCACUAUGAUUAAAAAACUUUUUGUGGGUGAAUUUUAAUUUUUGAAACAGCAGACGAGAAGGGAUACAUGUACAUGUUUUCAGGUUCGCCGUAUCACAUUUAUACAACGUAAUUUUAAUGCUAUUCGAUAGACUGAAAGGUACGGUGCGGCAGAGCAAAAUAUCAAAAUAUUACUUUUUUAGAACAAUUGACAUUUAGUUUUAUUAUUAUAUGAAUAACCAUAAUCAAAUAUUUACUCGGUUGUGAUUGCUCAAUACAGGAACCACUGUUGCGGAUAUACUUCAAUCCAAGAGUUUUUUGAAUAUCGAGUAUUCUUCAUGUAAUUGACUUCUGAUGAAAUACACCUCAAGUUUAAGGCCUCCUAUGGAGGAUGACUUUGGGACUUCGUGGGUUGAGUGAAUUAAUGAAGAGUCUAACCUAAAAUCGAAAGGAACAAUCACACUAUUUUUGAUCUCGUAUGGUUCACCUUCCAGAGUGCUAUUUUCAGCCAUUCCUAAGAGAACCAUUUUGUAAAUCUCUGCAUCUAGUGAUAAUGUGUAAUGCCAAAAGGUGGCGUUGUUGUGUUUGUUUGAUGUUCAUUUAAUAGUCAUUAUUUCCCAUUGUCUUAGCAGUGGACGUAAUCCCUCGUGGAACCUGUACACCCAUUUGGUCUCAAAUACACUUCACGGGCCCAUGAACGUAAGAGGUCAAUAACACAAGAUAUCUCUCAUGUUACUAUAUGCUCAAGAGCCUGUGCCAACGUUCUCAUAUAAAAGUGCCAUCAAGUUUUAGAUUUAAAUAUUUUUGGUCAGGUCCGCUUGGUGUUACGUGACUGAUAGCUUGCCAACCCUUGGGUAGGUUGUCCACCAUACGAUUAUUGUAUUCUGUGUAGUUGGGAAAACCCAAGUACAUUCUGCUGUAAAGGUCUUUGUUCUUUUAGACAAUGAAUCAAUCAGAAUAUCACAAAUAAUGAUCUUGAACAUAUGUAGAAACUUUCAUUCAUAGCUUGAUAUCAAUUCAUUUCAUUCGUGCUUCGCCCUGUUGUACGUACGAGUAACUCGUGAAUCAAAAUACAUCCAAAUUAUAUACAUGUAGUUCGAUACAUUGCAUAUUAAAUUUGAUUGAAAGACUUGCUAAAGGGCUAUCUCCACUUAAGUAGGACAAGGUUAGCGAUUUGACGCGCGUUUCAAUUUCUGUGGUGAACUUGGAACAGAUGCCGGUGGCCAGCAAAAUUAGCAGCGUAAAUAGCUAAAUUGUUUUAGUUUUGAGGACUUUUUGGCCUCAUGUGCUUUUUACGGUGCGACUAAUGCUCUGUCCACAGGCACAGUACGAGCUCAUACCAGAUGAUUUAGCCACAUUUCCGACACGAAAUCACGCCUUGGACGGGCCCUUUUAAGCUGGAAUUCCAACAUAUUCGACUAACAUAACAAUGAACAUGUAAUGAUGAUAAUGAAAUAGACUGAUAUAGUCUGAUCAAAGGUGCUACAUGUACAGUCUAGUUCAUAUCAAUAUCAACACUUAUUUCAAACGACGUCUCGCAAACGGCUGCACCAAAUGAAAUGCAGUCUAGAGUAUAUUGUCAGAAGUUUUGUUUUCUCAUCAUACAUGGCAGAGAGGUGACUAUAGGUUUUCGUUAUGUAAUAGGCCAAAAAAUCCGUUACAAUUCUUUUAAUUCUGAACAUUUUUGGAAAAAGUUUUGUUGAUGAGCUAGACUGUUGAAUAUCUAUAAAAAAACGUGUUUCCGAGUGAUGUGUUCAAUUUUGUGGCCAGUGAAAGGUAGUGUUUCAUUAUGGACGAUUCCUUCUUCGACAUUUUAUCUAGAAAAGCUUCGUAAGUGAUUAUUCGUUGCGAUGAAAGACUGAAGUCUGACCUAUUUUAACUUACUAACUGAAGACAGGAUGAGACCAAUAAUUAAAAUUUUGUACGAAUUUGUCACGAUUAUUGCCAGUUAAUUUCUUUGUCAAGAUGAAUAAAGACUUAACGGUACAAGUAGUUGCGAAAUAAACAAGAUAAUCAUCAA